CUAAUUGAAUGGGGAUCUGAUGAUUCGUAGCACGUGCAGUCUCCAGUUCUUCACGCGCACUUCCAUUUGGCUGUCACAUCUUGCACAUCUCCGAACAUAAGUUGCCUUCAGUUUUGCUCCACGUAUACCAGCGUUCUUUUCACAUGCUUUGCUAUUUCGGGACUCCGCAUGUUUACACUACACUCGAAAGUCUGAAACCCUCGACGACACACGGCGUACCACCAUGGAGAGGACAGGCGCUCACGGCGGCAAGCGGUGGCUGCCCCGCCUCCUCUUCCUCACCGUCCUGUCCGCCACGCCGUGGCUUCUCGUGGUCUACUGCCAUCUCUCGGUUUUUGACGGCGCGCCGGUCAGCGCACCGCACUCGUCCGUCGUCGCCGCCACGCCAGACGGUGAAGACGGCCAGCGUUUCCUCCGCAAGCAAGAAGAGCAACUCAUGAAGCUCCCGUCCACUACCGCCAGUGAGCUCCCCGCGGCAAGGGAGGAGCGGCGCCCGCACGGGGACGCUGACGCGUGCCGGGGGCGCUACGUGUACAUCCACGACCUGCCGCCGCGGUUCAACGUCGACACCCUCGCCAACUGCCGCUUGUGGUACCCGUGGAUCAACAUGUGCGUGUACCUCGCCAACGGCGGCCUCGGCCAGCGGGUGGACAACGCGGACGGCGUGUUCGCCGACGAGGGGUGGUACGCCACGGACCACUUCGGCCUCGACGUCAUCUUCCACAGCCGCAUGAAGCAGUACGAGUGCCUCACCAACGACUCCUCCCGUGCCGCCGCCGUCUUCGUGCCGUUCUACGCCGGGUUCGACGUGGUGCAGCACCUGUGGGGCCACAACGCCUUAACCAAGGACGCCGCGUCGCUCGAGCUCGUGGACUGGCUCACGCGGCGGCCCGAGUGGCGCGCCAUGGGCGGCCGCGACCAUUUCUUUCUGUCAGGCAGGACGGCGUAUGACCACCAGAGGCAGACGGACAGCGACUCGGAGUGGGGCAACAAGCUCCUCCGGCUGCCGGCCGUGCAGAACAUGACGGUGCUCUUCGUCGAGAAGACCCCGUGGACGGACUUCGACUUCGCCAUACCGUACCCGACCUACUUCCACCCGGCCAAGGACGCCCAGAUCUUCGAGUGGCAGCAGCGGAUGCGCAGCAUGAAGCGCGAGUGGCUCUACUCCUUCGCCGGCGGCGCGCGUUCCGACCCGAACUCGAUCCGGCACCACCUCAUCAGGCAGUGCGGCUCGUCGAAUUUCUGCAAGCUUAUCCACUGCCGGAAGGGCGAGAGGAGCUGCCUCGUCCCGAGCACCUUCAUGCGCGUGUUCCAGGGCACGCGCUUCUGCCUGCAGCCGGCGGGCGACACGUACACGCGGCGGUCGGCAUUCGACGCCAUCCUGGCCGGCUGCGUGCCGGUGUUGUUCCACCCGGCUUCCGCGUACACGCAGUACAGGUGGCACCUCCCCCAGGAGUACGACACGUACUCGGUGCUCAUCGCGGAGGAGGACGUGCGCGCCGGCAACGUCAGCAUCGAGGAGACGCUCCGCAGGAUCCCGCCGGACGUCGCGGAGCGGAUGACGGAGACCGUGAUCGGGCUCAUACCGAGGCUGGUAUACGCGGACCCGAGGUCGAAGCUGGAGACACUCGGGGACGCCGUGGACGUGACGGUGGAGGCGAUCAUCGCGAGGGUCAACAAGCUGAGGGAGGAGAUGUACGGGAAGCGAAAUCUAUAAAAUCCUGUCUGAAAAACUCUCGUGAGAUUCAUUCUUACUCUAUCUCGUGAUCUAAUGAUUAAACGGAGGAUGAGAGAGAAAAAAUAAACAUAUAUUAUCAUAAGAAAGAGUAUCUUUUGUAGGACAGGAUCCUAUAAAAUUUACUUCAAAAUUUGCUUCUGAUGCACGGAGGGCGGAGGCAUCUGAUGCAAAACGCAAUGGAGGAGGCCAGCAAAGUUAGGUCAGAUAAUUAGGGAGAUACAACUACCAAAUACAGCAGCAAUGCAACAGUUUGAGAGAGAGAAAAUGACCUUAAACGACGAGUCACGCAUGCCAUGUACGCAUUAUUGAUGUUUUGAGCGUCAAGCAUGCAUAUAUAUUGAGCUUAUCUUUGUACCAGUAGAUCGGUAGGAUUCAUGGGACGUUGGGUUGAAUUGCGGAAAAAAAAAUUUGGAUCUUU